CUUUACUAAGGAGAUGGUCCUAAUGAACCAAAUGGAGCCAGGGGCUUAUAACUAUCUCACAGGUUUGCAAUGCUACCAUUAUUAUCGCUUCAUGUUCUUUAUAUUCUUGACAUUGAAUUUUCAAUACAUUAACUGCCAAUGUUGUGCGUUUUGUAGAGCCUGAAAGACCUGCAAAGCACUGGUCUAGGUCACAUUUCAACACAGUGCUUAAAUGUGACAUUCUACUCAACAAUCUCAGUGAAAGCUUCAAUGCCUUCAUACUGCCCGCAAGAGUCAAACCUGUAAUCAGCAUGUUUGAGGAAAUGAGGAUCAAGUUGAUGAAGAGGAUUCACAUUAGGAGGGACAAGAUGAUGAAGGUUCAGGAUACCAUCUGCCCCAAACCAAGAGAAAUACUGGAGAAGAACAAAGUGAAAGCUGCCACAGACUGCAUCCCAUUUGGUUCAGGAAGCUCAAAAAUCGAAGUGGAAAGCAUUGGAGGAGCAAGAUAUAUAGUUGAUAUUGAGAGAAGGAGUUGUGCUUGUAGGAGAUGGGAUUUGAGUGGGAUCCCUUGCAAACAUGCUGUAUCUGCCAUCCACUACAUGAGGGAAAAACCUGAGGAUUAUGUUGAUACAGCCUACUGGACAAAGACAUACUUGGCCAUCUACUCAAACACCAUCAGCCCUGUAAAUGGAAUGGAUCUUUGGGAAAGGACUGAUGAUGCUGCAAUUCUUCCUCCUCAGUACAACAGACAGCCUGGUAGGCCAAAAACCAAGAGAAUUAAGGAUUCACAAGAGAAAGCUACUGAGGGAACCAAGUUGGGAAGAGUGCAGAAAUCAUUGAAGUGCAGCAGCUGUGGGGUUUUGGGGCACAAUGUGAAGACCUGCCAUAGGCACUUGCCACCUAAGGAGAAGAUGAGCAAAAAGAGGAAGCUAGACACUAGAGAGGACACCUCAUCUAAAUCCAAGGCUAAGGGAACCAAAAAUCCUCCUCUGACAAAGAACGAGCUUAGGGCCAAAGUUAUACAGAAAGCAGACAAGAUGAAGAAAAAGAGGGAUGCACAGAAGGCAGCAGCAAAAGCUGCUGCAAAAUCAACCACUGCUAAAGCAGCAACAAAAUCGAGCACAGCUUCAACCACUACCCGUGCUGCUACAGCAAUCAGUAAAGCUUCUGCCUCUGCAAAGUCUUCAACACCAACAAGAUCAUCACAGAGAAUUAGAGCUGGAAAGGAGGCUGGAAAAUAG